AUGUCCACAGGGCUGGGUUUCCGACUGUCAAGGGGUGUGCGGACGACGAUCUCACCACCGAUCCCCCGCGCCUAUGAAUGGGCCGCCCAAUACAAACCCACACCCAACCGUCCCCUCCUCGAUAUGUCCCAAGGCGUACCAGGCAUCCCACCACCGCAAUUCCUCCGAGACGCAAUCGCCGAAGCCUCUCGAUACCCCAACAGUUUCGGCUAUACCCGGUGGGACGGAGAACCAACCCUACGCGCCGCAUUGGCGGACGAAAUGAAGCUUUCGUAUGGAAGAGACGCGGAUAUCACGGUUGACGAUGUCGCGCUGACAGCGGGGUGUAACUUAGCCUUUGUUGCGGUUGCGAUGACGUUGGCGGAUGCCGGUGACGAGGUUAUCUUACCUGUUCCCUGGAUGGAUUUGAACCUUCUUGGAAUCAAGACGGUCGGAUUGCACACGGCACCUGAAGACGGAUUCUUGCCUUCAGUCGAGAAAUGCGAGGCGCUCAUUACACCACGGACUAAAGCUAUAGCUCUCGUAACUCCAAACAACCCCACAGGCGCAAUCUACCCACCGUCCCUCCUCUCCGCAUUCGCAAACCUCGCGGCAAGCAAAGGCAUCGCACUCAUCCUCGACGAGACCUACCGCGACUUUGUCCCAUCCACCGACCGACCUCCCCACACCCUCUUCUCCAACACCUCCCUACCCUGGCGUAACACCCUAAUCCAAGUCUACUCCUUCUCCAAAUCCUACUGCUUACCAGGCCACCGCCUCGGAGCCGUCAUCGCCUCCCCGCACCUCCUCGCCUCCCUCAAAACCGUCCUAGACUGCCUCCAAAUUUGCCCUCCGCGUCCCGUGCAAAUUGCGCUGGGCAGCCUCCUACCCUCGGACGAGCUGCGCGAGUUUGUGAAAGGGAAUGCGGAGGGAGUUCAAGCGCGGCAUAGGGUUUUUAGGGAGCAGUUGCCUGGGGAUUGGGAGGUUGGAGCGCAGGGUGGGUAUUUUGCGUUUGUGAAGCAUCCGUUUGGGGGUGUGAGGAGUGAGGAGGUGUGUCAGGCUUUGGCGAGGGAGGUGGGGGUUGUUACGCUUCCUGCUAGUUUCUUUACGAGGGAAACGGAUGAGAACGAUGGGCUGGCGGAGCUAGGAUUGGGAGAGGAGGAAAAGAGUGGUGAAGGAACGUCUGAUGCUAGCGAGUUGGAUGAGCGGUGGAUUAGGUUCUCGGUGGCGAAUGUUGAUGAUGAGAAGGUGAAGAGGGUUUGUGAGCGUUUGGCGAGUUUUGUGCCGAGGGGUGUAGAGUAA